ACAGUUGUAAUGUACCCAUACCGCUCGGUUGAUGUAUUCUGAUAGUUGAUUGCUAUUUGUGCUGCCAUAUGACAAGGAAUUAUCGUUUUAAUUGUUCAGUCGGGCACAACAUUUAAUCGGUGCUGAGCUGUAUAUUAGGCCUAUUUCUAGAGUCGCAGAGAUCUCCGUUUCAAAUCUGUGUGCGGUGUCAAACGCUAGUCAUUUGGAGAUAAUGCAAAUUUUCUGUCGUUUUGAUUUCAGGAUGCUCAGCAUGUAUUUUGUGAUUUGUAGAGAAUAGUCGUCAGCGUUUUGCUGAACGAUUGUCUUUUUAACGAUUGCUCUGAAUUGGAAAAUAGUGCAGCGUAGACCUGUGAAUUGCUAGCUGGCUAGCAUAAAUUGUCUUAUAUAAAACAUGGAAUACCAGCAAACUGCAAAUACAGUUGCAGAUCACCUUCUGAGCUACAGCAAAGAUCAGUCGGGAUGGAAAGUCUGUAAAAAAUCGGGUGACACUGUUGUCUAUUGGCGGCCAUCCUCAGAAUUUCCUGGCAAUGUGUACAAAGGUGAGGGAGUUAUUAACGCCUGUCCUGAGAAGGUAUGGGAGUGCUUGAAGCCGGAGCCCAAUGGCAUUCGAGUCAAGUGGGACAGCAAUGUCAAGAAGUUUGAGCUGCUCGAACAAAUCACUGAGGACAUCUCAGUCUGCCGAACUAUAACUCCCUCAGCUGCCAUGGGCAUCAUAUCGCCACGAGACUUCGUAGAUGUUAUUUUAGUAAAGCAAUAUGAAGAUGGCACCAUAACAUCAAAUGCCACCCACAUAGCACACCCUGAGUGUCCUCCCCAGGCUGGCUAUGUCAGGGGCUUUAACCAUCCUUGCGGGUGCUUCUGCGCUCCCAUCCCCGGGGAGCCGGGUAAGACCCAGCUGAUGACCUUCUUCCAGACGGACCUGGGGGGCUACCUGCCCCGCUCGGUGGUGGACUCCUUCUUCCCGUCCAGUAUGAGUGAGUUCUACAACAACCUCACCAAGGCCGUCAAGUCCCUCAAAUAGCACACUUCACAACAGCCGUCAGUCAUCAGAGAAAAUAACACAAGCAUACACAUACACAAGCACAAACGUGCGUGCUCUCUCUCUCUCUCUCUCUCUCUCUCUCUCUCUCUCUCUCUCUCUCUCUCUCUCUCUCUCUCUCUCUCUUUCUCUCUCUUUCUCUCUCUCUCUCACACACACACACACACACACACACACACACACAACUGUCCAUCCAACUGUCAGCCAGAGAUAUUUUAAGGAUAUUUUUAUGAUUUAAGACCAGGAAUAUUUCUUAAAGAUAAGGUUUUAUUGUUAAGGGAACAUUGUUUUUUCACCAGGUCAGUAUACUGUAUAUGAAAAAAAAACAUAAGGAUUCUGUUACCUCUGACUUUGUAUUAAUCAACACACUUUGGCCAAUGUUAGGAAAUUAUGUACUGUAAAAAUAUAUUGAUCUUUCGUUUUGUUUUACUGUAUUUUUGUUUUCUUGUUUUUUUAAUUAUUGGACAUUUGGACCAGAAAGGGAAAUUAUGAUGAAUUUUCUCCAAUCGCACAAACUACACAGUCCUUUGCAUUUCUUGUACAAUAUGAAAUUCAUUCCUUUUUUAAUAGAUAAGUCAUAUAUGAGGCAUGUUUGCGAAAAUCUGCACAAAUCAUACGAAGUUGAGGCCAAGCCUCUAUUUUCAAAACAACAACAUUGUGAUCAUUGUAUUCUCGUAUGUAUUUGUAUUUCUCCUCAAAUAGGAAUGGCAUGUUUCACACUACCCAGCUGCAGUCAAAUAGACUGCCAUCUCAUCUAUUCCUCUGUAUUCCUCCAUAUAACAAUUUAUAUAUAACAGGUCAUCCUUGACCCAGAAAGGGAAAAAUGUUAUGAGGCAAAGGGAAAAAACUGGGAUGAUUUAGCCAAAUCACUCCUAUUGGUUAAUUGUGGUCACGUGACACAUCACAGCAAAUCAUGUGAGAGGAUGGAGGAGAGUGCUGGACAUUCACUCUCUCGACCCACCUGUAGGUGUCAGGAACUCUUUUAGAUCAUCUUUCCUUUCUCAAAUAAUGAUCAGGUGAAGCCAUACGAAUACAAAUAAUUAUGUCAUGCUGGUCAUUCACCCUCGACCCACCUGUAAUGUACGUGUCAGGAGUAGAGCCCUUUUAGAUAAGCUUUGCUUUGAACUUACUCUCCCAACCCACCUGUAGUUUCCGUUUUACAAGUGCUGUCUCAAAGCAUAAUGACAUAAAGGGAAGGAGUGCAAAUAAAUGUAAAGGGAGCAGUGAAGUGACCUUUGUACUUGUUUAACUAAACAAAACUAUUUGACUGCAGCCAACAUCCUUCGUAACCACCCUAAUUGUUUCUUGUUUACAUUUUAGUAAAAAAAAUAAUAAACUGACAAAAUAAUUGGAAAGGGAAUGGAACGAUGUGUUUAUAGACAUUCCCCAUAUGGCUUUGUUUGUUUGUUUGUUUGUUUUAACCUGCUGAAUGAGCAGUCAUGUUGUGUGUUGUGUGUCAAUGGACUCGCUCUCAUCUGGGAGGUGUGUCCACUGCCAUUCACACUGUGAUCAAUGCGCUAGUUCAACAUAAGGGAGCAUGACUGUCUGUCCGUGUGUCCUGUCGGACCUCGUGUAUGUUUGUGUGUGUCUGCAUCGCUCAGUGUUGUGUACUGUAACGUCAGUGAUAUGCAUGAUUCUUCAACAUGGUUGCAAAAAAAGAAAAAGAGAAGAGCCAUAUGUGUGGAUGCCAGGUGUCGCCCUGGUAUCCCAUCAAACCUUUUUUGGUAACUCUUUCUAUGAAGUAUUGUAUUCACAGCACUUGUAUUCAUUUCGCACAUUCAGGAGGGCCUAUGCAUGCAUAAAGUGUAUAACAUUCAUAUUACAGCCAUAUUACUAUCAAAUUAUAAUAUGGCAUAUACCCUCUUCUAACUUCAAAUAGCAAUGCAUUCUUAUGCAUUGCGUUAUAUAAAGCUUCACCUGCAUAUGAGAGCGGUACUGAGCUUACAUAAAUAAGUGAAUAUGAAUACUUCAACCCUUAUUAAGAUUUAUAAAAACAUUUGUAACCUUUUUUGAGUGUGUUGUCCCUUUAUGAAUUUUAUGAAUACAGUAGUCAUUGAAAGGGUUACCAGCUUUUCGUUUUCGUUACUGCCUGCCUUUCAUAGUUGCAUUCUCUUUGAAAUUACUCUCUUUUCCAUUGCCUUGUUUGUGUGCCAGAGCCAAUUGAUAUUUUUUUUUUUAGUUGUUAGAAUUUGAGUCUGUUUGAAUUUGUCCUCAGCCUUUCGCCACCUAGUGCUCUCAGUGGCUCUCAAAGUCAUCACUAGUAAUAAUUUCAGUCAUCUGUUGGCGAUGGGUUGAUUGUUCCAGUCCGUGUUGAAUGCGGUGUUCUGACAAUUCCUCCACACUGAAAUCGAUUGCUGCUAUGGAAAGUGACUUAUAGUAUGUACUGUUGUUAACUUUGAAAGCUUGAUAACUUGCUGGUACCUUGACAGAAACAAUCAAAUCACUUAUGAAUCACUUCUUGAGAUUUUUUUUGUAUUUCACCAGCAUCCGUAAUAAAACGAAAUGCCACCA